CUAAAAUAUUAAACGUGUAUUGUUCACAACCGCUCAACGAAUUGAACAAAUUACACUUGCAGUUUCAUGAGGAAUACAAUAGUGUUUAUUUUCCCUUGCCGAAAAAGAGUUAUGUGGCGUGAAACUGGAUCACAACAUGAAGGGUUUUCCCUUCACGAAUUAUACAACAAAUUCAACUUACUGUAUUUUGAUGCUUAACACCCAGACGUGUACUUUUCACUCUUUACUUUGUUUCUCGAAAACGUAGGACAUCAAUAGUACCACUAUGAUCUAAAACAGUCUCAAUUUAAAUCAUACUCUUAAUUUAAAAAAUGAAAUCCUAUUUUUUAACUUCUUUUGAUAUUUCUUAUUCGUCAUUGAACCUGACAUAUGUGCCCUGACGUCACGUUUUGUUGCGAUCGUGGCAACGAGCUAAUAAAGAAAGGGGGUUGGGCUUACCUCCUGGUCGCUAUGGCAACGUGUAAACGGAAGCGCUGCAAAGUGCUCAAUGAAACCGCUCGCUCGGACGAAACUAAAAAUACAGCUGGUGUAAAAAAAUAAAAUAAAAUAAUCAUAAAAUAAUGUCAGAGCAGGAGCAUGAAGCAACCAUUCCUCCAGGAUCAGAGGAGAACCAAGAAGAACCGGGCACAACAGAGAACCAGGGAGAAGCAAGCGAUGAGGAGCACAAGGAUCAUGAAGCAUUACCAGGAUCAGAGGACCACGGCGAACCAGGGAAUGAGGACCAGACAUCACCGGGAGUAAGUACCUCCGAAGACCAAGGAGAAACGGGGAAUGAGGAGGAGACUUUACUGGGAGUCGACAACACAGAGGAGAACCAAGGGGAACCGGGGAAUGAAGAUGAAACCUUACUGAGAAGAAAGACCUCCGAGGACCAAGGGGAACCAGGAAAUGAGGAGGAACAAGACAACGAGUCCUUACCAGGAGUAAGCACCUCUGACGACCAAGCAGAACCAGGGAAUGAGGAUGAAACCUUAUCAGAAGUCAACACCUCAGUGGACCAAGGGGAACCGGGGACUGGAGAGGAUCAGGAGGAUGAGACCUUACCAGGAGUAAGCACCUCUGACGAUCAAGCAGAACCAGGGAAUGAGGACGAAACCUUAUCAGAAGUCAACACCUCAGUGGACCAAGGGGAACCGGGGACUGGAGAGGAUCAGGAGGAUGAGACCUUACCAGGAGUAAAGACCUCAGAGGGACAACCAGGAGGCGAGGACGAGCAGGGUAGCUGCUCUAGACCAGGGCAAGCGGCUCGGGACCAGCAGAGCCUCUCGGAACUCGGCGUCCAGCCGCACGGCACCGCCACCGUGGAGAUGACGUCAUCAGAGCCCGACACUCACCCGCUGCGCACUCAUGCUGACUCAGAGCGCGAAGACAUGCAGAACGUCAUCAAUGUGAGCCUGCUAACAGACGAUGGCGCUCCGCAGGACGCGCCAGGGGAGAGCGAGCAUCCCCACCUGAAGAAGCCCUUCCUGGGUGGCUACAGGCACAAGCUGACGGGCGCCGAGUACCACCACGCCGCCGCCCAGACCCCACGCAGGGCGAGACCCGGCCGAGGGGUGGACAUAGUCAGCCGAGACACACAGACUGCGGAACAGGUGCUUCAGACCCAGCAGUGCGCCUCCAGCGUCACCACGCAGAUGACCAGCGUGGGCUGCUACAUCUCCAACCUCAAGGACAAACUGCUCAGCCCGGGCCGCUACGUGACCGCAGACGAGUAUCACGACGCCAGGCUCAAUGCUGUGAUCCGCCUGCAGGCGCACACCCGUCGCUGGCUGAGCUGCCGGGCGGUGGAGCGGCUGAGGCGGGAGCGUGACCGUCGUCUGGCCUGGAUCGAUCUUCAGGAGCGCCGCAGGCACGAGGAGAGGACGGAGCAGCUGCGAGACAGCCACGACCGCUGGAUGCAACCGCGGAAGAAGGAUGACCUCAACCUGCUGUACAACGCCCUGGAGAAGUGGAGGAGCGACAAGGAGCAUCAGAUCAACGCGACGCUGCGAGGGGCCGAGAGGAAAGCGGCCCUGUUCUCGCUGCUGGAGCAGGAGACGCAGUACAUCGCCACCAUCGGACGCCACGGCAUCGCCAUCAGGAGCGACAACUACAACAAAGCCGUCAGGAAGUUCCUGGACAAGUCGUCGACGCCUCACCAGUGGCGGGCGGCGGACGGUCGCCUGAUCGAGAUGGACACGCCCGACACCAUCCGGGCCAGACAGCUGGGAGAUCUGUACGACUGUGUGGCCAUGGCGCCCGUCAGCCGGGAGCAGAGGUUGGACAUCCUACUGUGCCUCGCCCAAAUUGUGGCGGUGCACCCGUGCCAGCUGACUCGGGACAUCGUGGAGCUGAUCAACAGGGAGGCGGACCUGAUGAGACGACAGGUGAAGGCGGCCAACCUGGAAGGUCUGAGGAAGAGACUGUCCACCCUCUUCCUGCAGUUCAUCCGCACGCCAGGAUUCAACCCUGAGGUGGCCAAGCACCUCAAGGUGCCCCAGAGCACUUCGCAGCUGAGGAGCGACGUGUUCCUCUGCCACGGCUGCCAACGCUACCUGGGCUCGGCCCACUUCCGCUCGUCCACCCGCGCCCACCUGGGUCGCCGCUGCCUGGACUGCACCCGGCUGAAGAACAUCGCCGGCAGCCGAGACGACUUCUCCUGCUACAAGAACAUCCUGAAGAGGCUGAGGGACGGCGAGCUGCUCCUCAACAAGGACAACACCAUUCCCUUCAUGCUGCAGGUGGAGGACAUCCAGUACCUGGUGGAGGUGGUCUGGGGGGCCCGCUCGGCCCUCAGCGGCAGCGGCGACCUGUUCGGCCUGGUCCUGGUCCGCUGGGAGCGCCGCAAGGACUGGAGCCCCUGGAACUGCGUCCUGCUCAGCAAGGACGAGACGGACGCUCACCUCCAGGUGGAGGACUUGCUCAAGGUGUACGACCUUCCCGUGAUCCGCAGCAUCGAACACAAACACCUGCUGGCCCGCCGCCACUACAACCAGAUUCCCGCCAUGGUCAGCGUCGCCAAGCGCGGGACACGCGGCAAAUGAAAGCGCGCGACUUGUCGCUCACCGCCACUUUUCCCGGCAGGCGUGUCUCAAUACUUUUGACUCUGCUAUGCUGUCACUCUGCCAGCCGGUGGCGCUACAUACAACAGAAAGUCAUUUGACAAACUAAUUCAGGGUUGACAAUUACCAUGGGUGGGAAAAUAGGACUUUAAUAGAAGUGCAACCAUUUUUCGACAACUAUUUUGAUAAUCGAUUAAUCGUUUUGAGACCUUUUUGAACUUACAUUUUUCCACAUCCUCAGAAUUUCAGUCUCUCAACAGUCAAUAUUCUCCGAUUUCUGUCGUUCUCCAUGAAAGCAGCCUGAUUAUCUUUGUGUUUAAUCAUAAGAUGUUUGCAAACAUUGGCUUUUACUUUGAAAAACAAUUAUCAACAUUUUUGCCAAUUUCUAACAAAUGUUACGAACCAAACUUUGAACUGAAUCAUACUUAAAUUAUGUUUGGGCAUUUUUUUUAUGUUAUGAAUUUGAAAUAAUGACCAGUUUUUUAAUAAAGGGAUGGAAAAAUGUGUUUUCUUUAAAUUCUAUUCAUAGAUUAAUUGAAAAAAUAAUCACCAGAUUGAUUGAUUAUUAAAGUAUUAACAAGAACAGUAACAGAAGUAUUUCGACGUCAAUUUCGACUAACGGUGAAAUCCGACUUACGCGGAAAUUCGGAAUAGGAACGGAACUCGUUCGUAAAUCAAGGACUUCCUGUAUUGUUUUGCACUUGCAGGCCACCGUAGUUUGUGGAUGUACGAUGGAAAAUAAAAAUCUAAUGUUGUCGUUUAUGACUAAUAUUUUCAGUUUACAUUUAUUGUAUCAAAUAUUUAUAUUUGAUUCAAAUGAGAUUAAUUGAUGACAAAUCUUAUUCAGGAAUGUCCAAACAUUUUCCAUUUGGGGUCACAUACAGAAAAAUAAAACACAUUGUGUUUAUUAAACACAUUAAAAAUGUAUUUAAUAUGCUGUAAACCAACAGUUAAACAUUAAAAAAAGGUUACAUCUCAAUUUGGUGGUAUUGGUCACAAAGCAAAACGUGAGUAGUAUCAGUAUGAUAUCUAAAAAUAACAAAAAGGAAAGUGAUAUAUUUCAACAUUUCCCAAAAUAAUUUUGGAAAAAAAGGGAGCAAUGUCUUGUACAAUUUAUUUAUUUAAUUCAUUAAGGCUCAGAGUGAAGUUCUUGCAUGCGUCAGGCAGACCAGGAGAAGCUCAUCCAUGCUUUUAUCUCAAGUAGACUUGACUAUUGUAAUGGUCUUCUGACUGGACUCCCUAAAAAGAGCCUUAAACAGCUGCAGCUCAUUCAGAAUGCUGCGGCUCGGGUUCUGACCAAAACAAAGAGGUCAGAGCAUAUUACUCCCAAUUCUAAAGUCUUUACACUGGCUUCCAGUCAUCUUUAGAAUAGAUUUUACAGUUCUGCCAACAAAUAAGAGAGCAACAUGCGAAGAGAAGAAGAAGAAAAAAGUUUCCAUUUAUGCCUGAAAGGGAACGGGAAGAAGAAAAACUCAUUGAACCCCAUCCCCGGUUCUCUUUUAUAUAAACAAUAAUAGAUCUAACAACAAACUUAGGAUAUACUGCUCCAGAAGAAAUUUAUUUAUUCUUUUUUUUCACAACCUUCUGAUGUGGGACGUUUUUUCCAUUUUAUUAUUCAAAUAUGAGGCGGACCAGUAAAUAAAUGUUUUUGAUGGAGCCCCACCGAUUUGAAAGAUAUUUUUGGUUUCGUAGUCAUCCAUCCAUCAAUUUCCUUUACCGCUUCUCCUCACACGGGUGGCGGGCGUGCUGGAGCCUAUCCCAGCUAUCUCCGGGUGAGAGGCGGGGUACGCCCUGAACCGGUCGCCAGCCAAUCGCAGGGCAGAAUUCACUGGUUGCUGUUUACAAUGUUUUAUGUUGAAGUAUAUAGGGUUGCUUAUUUUCUACUUGUUUCUAUCCCAAAAUAAAUUUAAAAAAAAGCGCAACAUUUUCAGUGUGUAUUUGACAAUUUCUAUUAGUUUAUUUUAGUGAUAUAGUGGCAAAUGUACUUAUUUGUGUUGCAUGUGUGCCUUUAAGGGGCCUGGCCUAGUGAGGGACAUCAGGUUGGCCGGUUAGCCUGUGUGAGCAUCCGGCUGUCAUUUUGUAUGUGCGUUUGUCCCAUUCAAUAAACGGCGACUGGGGCUCUCUGUGCCCGCAUGCCAGGGCAUUACACGCUCCUUUUUUUUCCACUGAACUCAACUCAAAUUUUGGCUUGCCACACAAAGUAAAACGUUGGGGCUCUUGUACCGUGAUCCCGAUAACUGCAAUAUG